GCUGUUAUGAACUCCAAGGUGUUAGAAAAUCUUUCAGUCCACUCUACAUUACUUUUUUUUUCUCCUUCACAAAUAUUUAGCAUCCCUCCUCUCAAACUGGUGGAAAACUCCCAAAGCUGGCCCAGUGUCCUCGUGUGAUCUCAGUAUUUGAUAAUGUCCAAGUGCCUGACAUGGACAAGCCUGGGUUUACAAGCCUGUCCUGUAUGCUUUCUGGCCCGACCUGCUGUUUCUUGUUUCCUCCCUCUACCUAGAAAAUCAUCUACACCUCCUAUCUUCAUCAUAAUGGGAGUGGUGUUGCUUCUAUGACACAAUAAUUCUGCCAUUAGAGGUGCUAAGGAUAUAAAUGAGAAACACACCUCCAUAAUGUCACCAUCAAAAAUCAUGACUGAGAGGUUGUUGGUAACAGCACUGAAGGGUGGCAAAAACACUAAGAUCAUUACUUUGAUUGGGAAGAAGAUAAGGAAGAUGCCCUCGACACUCGGAAAGCUGCCUGGUCUGAGGACUCUAGACCUUCAAAAUAACCUCAUCUGCAAAAUUUGCCCGGAGCUAAGCGCCUUGACCCAGUUGACAUUACUAAAUCUGGGAAACAACCGUUUAGAAGAACUUCCUGAAGAAAUGAAAGGGCUUAUCUCCCUGAAGAGUCUCCAUUUAUUUGGAAACAAGAUCUGUAGAAUUGCCGCUGGAGUCUUUGAUGGCUUGCAAGAGCUGAUGAUGCUCAAUCUGAAUGACAAUCGGCUCACGAGUCUUCCUCAAGAAGUUGGCAGGUUAAAGAAACUUACCCGCCUAAGCCUCAACCAUAACCAGCUCACCACUAUCCCUGAAGAGCUCUUUUCCCUCAGGCAUCUUUCUGAACUGCAUCUCAACUAUAAUCAGCUCAUGUGCAUCCCUGAAGAGAUUAAGUUGUUACGGAAUCUCCAGCAGCUUUCUGUGGUCAGGAACAACCUUGAAGGUUUGCCAGAGGGACUUUGUCAUCUUAGAAAACUAAGAAUACUGGACAUAGCUGGAAAUGUUAUUCAGACGUUUCCAGAUGGCUUUCAGGAUCUAAGGCUGAGUGAGUUCUACUGUGAAGGAAACCCACUUUUCCUGACGCAGCCAAAUUUUGCUACACAACAUAGAGACAUCUUGACUCUACGGGAAAUAGCAACAAGAUGUAUUCUCCUUCAGUUAGAAGAAGACCACCCUUUGAUUUUGGAGGCCAUGGAGUACUAUCCAGAAAUCAAAGACAUCUUCUCCCAGGCAAAACAAUGUGCAAUAUGCAGAAAACCCUUUUUCUCUGAAUGGGUGGAAUGUGUUCAGUUUGUUUCUCUACCGAAGAACUGGAACGCAAGCAAAAACCUACAGCAGAUACCUCUCAGGAUCUUACUUUGUUCCUACGAAUGCUUUGACCAGCGUGACACUAAUGUCUUUGGAGUUUUUGAAGAGUAG